AUGUUUCACCGCACUCUUAAUCGUGCCGUUGAGGCCCUCAAAACCGUUACCCCACCAGCUACACUCGCUGUGUCACGACCAAUCACGAGCUCCUUCACCCGCUCAUUAUCCUGCUCCGCAUUGCGGCCCCAAAAGAGCAACAACCAUGAUAAGGAUCUCAACAUUGCGGCAACUACCCAGGCUCCUGCGGGUGCUUCGGGGGUUCAGGAGGGACAGUUUGCCCGCACGGAUGAGCGCGUGCAGAUUGAAUACCCACCAGAUAGUGAGAUGCCCUCGCAGCCAGUUGUUCAGGGUCGGGGUGGAAUGCACUUUAAGCGUACUCUGGCCUCUUUCUCCCUCGAAAAUAAGGUCAGCAUGGUAACAGGUGGUGCUCGUGGACUGGGACUUGUUAUGGGCCAGGGUUUGGUCGCUUCAGGUUCGGACUUGGCCAUUGUUGACUUGAACAAAGUGGAAGCUGAAGAGCAGACGGAGAAGCUGAUUGGGCAGUUCCGCAAGGAAAAUCCUGGCAUUGAACGAAUGCCCAAUAUCACUGCACACUAUGCCGACGUUGCAGAUCCCGACUCCGUGAAAGAAGCUCUGGCGGAGGUCCUGGCUAAACAUGGACAAAUUGAUAACCUCGUCACCUCUGCAGGAUUUACGGAGAACUUCGAUGCCAUCAGCUAUCCAUUCGAUCGCAUGAAAAAGCUCUGGGGCGUUAAUGUGGACGGGACGUACUUGUUUGCCACAGGAGUAGCCAAACAUCUAAUGGAACGCAAAGCACCUGGCAGUAUUGUCAUGAUAGGUUCCAUGUCAGGUGCCAUUGUGAAUGUGCCCCAGCCCCAAGCUCCGUAUAAUGCCGCCAAGGCUGCUGUGCGCCACCUAGCUGCCUCACUUGCUGUUGAGUGGGCUGCCCAUGGUAUCCGGGUCAACUGCAUCAGCCCUGGCUAUAUGCUGACUGCUCUUACCCGCAAGAUCCUCGAUGAGAACCCCCAGCUUCGCGACAAGUGGACUUCUCUCAUUCCUGUCGGUAAGAUGGGUGUGCCGGAAGACUUGAUGGGUGCUGUGACUUUCUUGCUUAGUGAUGCAUCAAAGUAUGUGACCGGCGCUGAUCUUCGCGUGGACGGUGGUUACACGGUGACUUGA